AGACUUUGACUCCCUCUCCAAAGAGAAUGUCUACGAGAACAACCGUCUGGCGUUUGAGGUGGCGGAGGAGGAGCUGGGAAUCCCUGCUCUGCUGGACCCAGAGGACAUGGUAUCCAUGAAAGUGCCUGACAGGCUGAGCAUCAUCACCUAUGUCUCCCAGUACUACAACUUCUUCACCAACAAGUCCCAUGCCAACCCCCCCUGCUUGAAGAGGUCCAGUGGUACAGGCCACAUUGAGCCGGCCCAGAAGAGACCGGUGGCCCCUCUGGGAGACAAAGUGGUUGAGCCCGAGCUGAGUCUACCUGGUCCGAUGGGUACGGACGGGGGGGUACAGGCGGGGGUGAAGCGUAGCACCCUCAGCAGCAGCUGCGCCGCCUGCCAGAGGCACGUCCACUUGGUGCAGAGGUUCCUGGUCGACGGCAAGCUCUACCACCGCAACUGUUUCAGGUGUAGGGAGUGUAGCAGCACUCUGCUGCCUGGGUCCUACAAGCUAGGAAACGAGGUCGGCUCCCUGGUCUGCACGCAUCACUUUGCCAGGUCUGCCUUAGCCAAUCAGAACGGCCGACCGGACCUAAGUAAGCGACCGACAACGGUUCCCUCCGUCAGGAUUGGUCGACCCAUGCUGCCUCAAACUUCUCCUCCUUCUGGGAGGGACCAGGCGGCAAAGACUCCGGCUCAAGAGACUCCGCCACCAAAAGAGACGACGCCACCAAAAGAGACGACGCCACCAAAAGAGACGACGCUACCCCAAGAGACGCCGCCCCAAGAGACGCCGCCCCAAGAGACGCCGCCCCAAGAGACGCCGCCCCAAGAGACGCCGCCCCAAGAGACGCCUCCACCAAAAGUGACUCCGCCCCAAGAGGGUGUCACCAAUGAGGAUUACACCCCCACACCAUCCAAUGACUCUGACUCUACACCAUGUCCUAUCUCAACGACAAAAACUGACUCUUUGAAAACAGAGAAAGAGAAAGAGAGGGAAGACAGUGCGGGAGAAAGAGAGGUCAAACCUCCACCCUCCAUUCCUCCCAACCCUUUCGAUGACAUCGAGGAGGGGGAGGAGACUCCGGCACCAGCCAAAGACACAGCCAAUGGGGUUAUCCCUCCUACACCUGUCAGUCAUCUAGGACUAGGGAACAGUAAGCCAGUCCCCAUCCCUCGCCGCUUGUCACAGCCCUCCCCUCCACCUCGUCCCGCCCCCAGGGUCCGCCCACCCCGCGUUGACAACCUUGCGGUCAAUGGUGAUCACGGUGAACACAGGAGAUCUCUUCCUCCGGCUCCCAGACCUCGGGAAAGAUCCCACUCCCCUGGAAGCUCCUGUCUCUCCAGCGACGCCCCCAAACCCCCUAACCCGCCCUGGUUGGCCCUCGUCCAAUCCCAAGAACCCAAGAAGAAAGCAGCACCUCCCCCUCCCCCUGGAGUGGCCACACCCCCACACACUGGUUCGUUAUCUUCUCUAAAAGGGGAGGGCUCCAGACCAGCCACGCCCCCUGCACCCGCCAACCCCUUCGAUGAGGAAGUAGAGGAAGAGGAGGUGGGGUCAGGGGAGGGGUCAGUAGGAGGUUUGGUUUCUCCCACUGUGGUGGUGAGUCAUCCGUGGUACAGCAUCUCCCAGGCUGCAGACGCUGCAGCUGACCCAGGCACGCCCCCCAUUGGGGGUAUUUCCUCCCGCUCUGCAAGCCCCAAUGGCUCCAGGUGCAAGAAACGCCCGGCGCCCCCAAAGCCUGUUCCAAAGGCCCCCGGCUCUAACUCAGCCCUUCCUCACUCCCAGCCCUCCUCUUCCUCUCCCUCUCCAGCUAUUAGCAUAGAGAGCCUAUCCUCUGCCUCCGACCAUAGCUCCUCCCACCCAGCUUCCCUAGGGGGCAGAGCCACAGGCGAUCAGGACAACCCCUUCACCAAGAGCGUAUCAGAGCCCUCCAUCUGUGGGCCCUGUAGUGGCUCCACCCCCUCCACCUCAGCCAAUCGCCUCUCUCCGAGCCCCUCCCCUUCUCCCCAGCCAGCCAAUCCUAGCUCGGCUCCGGCCACUCCGCAGAGCAAUCGGAGUGCCAGGCCCCCGCCCCCAAGACCCCCGACGACACCCAGCCCCCUGGCAGCAUCAAGUGCUAUCCCAGUUCCACCCCCCAAGCGGACUUGUAAGGAAAACCCUUUCAACAGGAAAGCCUCUUCCUCCCCCGUUUCCUCCCCUAAAACCAGACCCCCUAGAGGCCCUCGCCCCCCCCGGCCCCCCGCACCUGGACACGGCUUCCCCCUCAUCAAACGCAAGGUGCAGUCAGACCAGUACAUCCCAGCAGAGGACAUCCAUGGAGAGAUGGGAGAGCUGGAGAAACAGCUGGAUGAGCUGGAGCAGAGAGGAGUGGCUUUGGAGAGAAAACUACGAGAUAACCCCAAUGAUGAGGAGGAGGAGACUUUGCUGGUGGACUGGUUCACUCUGAUCCAUGAGAAACACCUGCUGGUGCGCCGCGAGGCGGAGCUGGUCUACACGGCCAAGCAGCAGAACCUGGAGGAGAGGCAGGCUGACGUAGAGUAUGAGCUGAGAUGUCUUCUUAACAAGCCAGAGAAAGACUGGAAUGAGGAGGACAAGGGCAGGGAGCAGGAGCUGAUGACAGAGCUGGUCACUGUCAUCGAACAGCGGAACCAAAUCAUCAACAACAUGGAUCAGGACAGGCAGAGGGAAGAGGAAGAGGAUAAGCUGGUGGCGACCAUGUUGAAGAGAAAAGACUUCCAGAAGGAGCCAGCAGCAGAGGGCGAGCAGCAGCAGCAACAGAAGAAGAAGAAGAAGAAGGAGAAGUUCAAACCCAUGAAGGUUCUGAAGAGGUUGAGUGUGAACCAAGGAAAAGGUGGCAGCCCACGCAAGGAGAUGGCAGAGAAGGACAAGAGCUGAACAAGGUAUGGAAGGAUGGAUGUGGAUGAUGGAUGGAGGAAAGGAAGAGGGAUACCAUCCUUUACAGAGGGACAUAUCAGAUGGAAAGAGCGGGGAAAUGACAGAUGGAAACAAAACACGGUGGAGGGAAGAGAAGGAAAAACAACACAGGAUUCUCACAGCUGUGUUAAAGACUGUAAUGUGUGCAACCUGUAAUUUGCUCCCCCUUCCUCUUACUGUAGCAUAUCCUUCUAAUCGCUCCUCCCUACCAGAGUAUGUGAGCAGAGUUAAGCGGUCGGAAAUCCCGCUCGCGCUAGCGAUCCACCUCUUUUCAACUGCUCCGCUAAAAACCGCUCUGCGCUCACAGGAAAAAAAUGGCCGCUCCAAAUUCGCUCCGUUCAUUAAAAUCACAAUUUAACCAACACCCAUCUAUUUUUGUGACUACCUUGACUUACCAUUUGGUAUUCAAGUAAUGAAACCAAACCAUAUGAUUUGAAUUAAAAGUAUUUGAAUAAACAAAUACGUUGGACUAUGCCAAGCCUAUUUCUUUUAGCAUGUGCAUAUGGUAAGUACACCAUCAUGCUUUCGGGAUGCGUGUCUUUUCAGAUUCCACGAUUUGAUUCUUUAGUUGUGGACGCCACAUCGCCGCAAUCCCUCUCUUGCUCUUGGUCCUCAUCUUGUAAGUCACCUUGAUUUAGCACCGGUGUGUUUUAGCAGUUUCUUUAUGAAAAUAUUUAGUGAACUGCAUGACAGUAGCUAAAGCAAGGGGUUAUAGCAGCACACAAGUAGACUACAGAUGCAUGCUGGACCGGGCACGCCCUGAGCUUGUGAAGUGAGCGCUACUGGAAUGAAAUUGGAGCGGGCGAGAAGGCUGACGCUCCAGCCUUUGGGAAUCUCGCUCUGAGACUCCAGUCAAAUUGGGAUCGCUCCACUCCGCUCACAUACUCUGCUCCCUACUGCAGCUCUUCGCUCCACUCCGCUCACAUACUCUGCUCCCUACUGCAGCUCUUCGCUCCACUCCGCUCACAUACUCUGCUCCCUACUGUAGCUCCUCGCUCCACUCCGCUCACAUACUCUGCUCCCUACUGUAGCUCCUCGCUCCACUCCGCUCACAUACUCUGCUCCCUACUGUAGCUCCUCGCUCCACUCCGCUCACAUACUCUGCUCCCUACUGUAGCUCCCAUGAUGCUCUUUCAAAUACUGCCACUCCAAUGCGUUCUGUACUGUAUAUAUUUGAAGUUGCCUUUGUGUGAGGAGAAAGUUAAGAACCCAACUGCUUUAAGACUAAAACCUUAAGAAACAUCUGAAGACUGAAUUGAAGAGGUAAAUUUUCUGUAGCUUUGAGGUUCAGCGCAAUAUGUGGUUUCUUCUAUCCUUUUUCAUUAUUACUUUGCACAUUGUGACCCAGGCCUUUUUAAAAUCGGCUUUUAACAAAGAUAUAAAUACUAUGACUGCAGGUUUCUUACCAUUUAUCAGUCUCUUAUCAUGAUAGGAACUAAAGAACACUCCCUCAUCUCCUGCCUAUUCAGUGGUCCUAAGGUUUUCCCUUUGUUCAUGGACGUUGCGUACGUCUCAUUGUCUGUAGGUUGGAUACAGAACGAAGAGUUGUGUGUGUCAGUCAGUUGUCUGGUUUGAGUCUGUGGUACUUCUGAACUAUUGUGAAUCUUUUUAAAAGAGGAACCCAUUGUUGUGAGUAAAUACUGCCAGUUUAGGAAGGUCCCGUGUGGCUCAGUUGGUAGAGCAUGGCGCUUGCAACGCCAGGGUUGUGGGUUCAAUUCCCAUGGGGGGACCAGGGUUCAAUUCCCACGGGGGGACCAGGAUAAAUAUGUAUGAACUUUCCAAUUUGUAAGUCGCUCUGGAUAAGAGCGUCUGCUAAAUGACUUAAAUGUAAUGUAAAUGUAGAUGGAGUAAUGACAACCCAAAUAAUGACUAGCUUUUAGCGAAAUGGUUCUUUCUUAACUAGCUACUUACCAUGUUUUCCAAAUCACUGACUAUUGGACUAUAGAUAUUAUAUUGGACUGUAGAUAUUAUAUUGGACCAUGUUUAGGGUUGGAUAAUCACGGUCUGAGAAUGAGACGUAUGACCGACAGGUAAGAAAUAGUUAAGAUGGAAUGUAAGUACUGACUUUAUACAAGGAAUGUAAAAAAUACAAUUAUAACAUAAACGGAAGGAAUUUGCAUUUUGGCGCAGUCCAGGCAGUGCUGAGGGGGAUAGUUUGGCAUGCUCUUUGUUCGGGUUCCUGAAAUAUUCUGCUUUUACAAAAUGUGAUGCUGUUUUCAAAUGAAACACAAUACCUUGCUCUUGUUAAAGCUUUUAGAAUUAGAAGAAGAAGAAGUCAGUGAACUUCUUACGUUGCUUUUGUUUUAAUUGUUUUGUUAGUAGUUCUGUUUUGUUAGUAGUCAAAAAAAUACAGUGACAAUGUAGCAAAUAACUCACACAAAAACAAACAAACUCUGAAAUGACAGCACUACAGGGUUGGUGGAGGGUAGUAGAGGGAGAGAGGGGGUUAUUUUAAGCACUACAGGGUUGGGGGAGGGUAGUAGAGGGAGUUUUUGUUUUUAAAUCUGAACAAUAAAAACAUUUACAUCUCAUACUUAGGUUAAAAGGCUAAAAAUGGAACGUACAAUUCUAUAACACACUCUUACAAUGCCAAACUGUAAAAUCCUAUUCGUGUCCCUGUGUUGUGGUAGAGUUCUGGGUCCUGGUUGGGGAGAUGGUGGGCUUGUGUUUCUUGAUUAGGGUUUUGAUGCAGUGUAUUUAACUAACUUAGUUGUAUCAUGACAGGUCACUGACUUAAUAGUAUUAUAGAAUCUGACCAGAUUUACAACUGAAACAAGUGUGAACAGUUCUAUGGGCUACAUUAUACAAUAAGGAUUGUAAUAAAUAUAUAUAUAUGCAUGCAGUGAGUGUACAAAAUAUUAAGAAUACCUUCCUAAUAUUGAGUUGCACCCACUUUUGCCCUCAGAACAGCCAAAAUUCUUCGGGUCAUGGACUCUACAAGGUGUUAAAAGCAUUCCACAGGGAUGCUGGCCCAUGUUGACUCAAAAUGCUUCCCACAGUUGUGUUAAGUUGGCUGGGUGUCCUUUGGGUGGUGGACCAUUCUUGAUACACACGGGAAACUGUUGAGCGUGAAAAGCCCAGCAGCGUUGCAGUUCUUGACACAAACCGGCACUUAAAUAUUGUCUUGCCCAUUCACUCUCUGAAUGGCACACACACACAAUCCAUGUCUCAAUUGUUUCAAUGCUUAAAAAUCCUCCUUUAACCUGUCUCCUCCCCUUCAUUUACACUGAUUUGAAGUGGAUUUAACAAGUCGCAUAGAUAAGGAAUCAUAACUUUCACCUGGUCAGUCUAGGUCACGGAAAGAGCAUGUGUUCCUAAUGUUUUGUACACUCUGUGUAUAUAAAUUCCAUAGAUAUCUUUUAACAAUGUAGCAAACUAUUAAUACCUUCCAGUUGAUAUCAGUUUAACUGUUUUGGGAAAGUCUGCAAAAUAUGCAAAUCUUUUUAAUUUAUAUAUUUUACAAUGCCUUUGUUUGACUCUGUAAACGCUGUCUAAUUCCAAUGAGUUUUGCCUUAACUUAGAAUCUGCCGUCAAAGUCGAUAGUACUAUGAGAUCCGUUUAUGUUAAGAGUGCCCUUAUUUAAAUGUAUUCGUCAAUAAGUCUCGUUUUUGUCCGGAGUUAAACUGAAUGUCUUGUUAUAGGCUGUUCGUAUAUUGUCUAGUACACGAUCUUGUCUUCCAUUCAAAAUGGCUGCUUGUGUGUUUGUGCAUCUUCUUCCUGUUUAAAAACUCACACCAAGGGCUUCUGUAGAGCGAUGUG